UUGAAGUUUUUCCCCUAACCCUCUCCUUCCCAAUCUUGAACACACACACACACACACGGCACUAUAAUCUAUAUCUGCCCUAAUAUACACACACACACAGUCUCUAUUUGUUUUGCCCUAGUCUCGUCUCUCUUGAACCACUCUCUCUGUUUCUUCGCUGUUUUCUCUCUCGCCUUCUCCGUCUCUUUCUCUCUCUGUUUUGUGUGAAGCACUGCGGUUUCAUAUUGAGAAAAAGGAAUUCCAUCUAUUGUUAAGAAUUUGGUAUUUUGCCUGUCCCUCGGGCGAAAACAGAUAUAUAUAGCGUUAUAUAUAUAUUUAGAGGGGAGUUUUGGUUUGGGGUUAUUUAGAGCGGUUAGGGUUUUGUUGGGGAUCUUAUUGCCUUGAUAAUCGCUUGUUUUUUUUUUAAAUUUUAUAAUCAUCGUCUAUAAUCAGUUUGUUUGUGUUCUAUUUUGUGAUUUUGUGGGCAAUAUCUAGUUUUAUUAUCUGGGUUGGUGUAGAAACCCUAAGUUUUGUGGGGGGAAGUUAUUGCGGGUCUAGGGUUUGUGGAUUUGUGAAUUUUUACUCACAAUUGGCAUGGUGGGUCGGUGAGUUUAGGUUUUGUUUGGUUGAUUACUCGUUGAAAUCUUGUUGGGUAACGGAAAAGAGGGGUAUUUUUUUUCUGUAACUGCUCCUGAAGUAAUAAUGAUAGUCUGAUUAUUGCACCAAUUGUUUCGUCUUCCAUCUUUUUUUGGUGAAAGAGAUGGAGUAACGGAAGACUUUUUGAUUCCUAGGUGUAGUUAUUAACCGUUGGAAAAAAACUGGUGUUUAUUUUGUUGGCUUUAAAUUUGUGAAGUCGAAGGAAGGAUUGUGACAGGGGUUAAUUUACCUCAAAGAUAAAGAGGAAAAGGAAGAUGCAUGGUUGAUUUUUUGCAGAGGAAACUUGUUUUGGACUAAAAUCUGUGAGGGAAGUUGAAUUUCUUUUUGGGGAACUUUUAGAUAGAGUAAUGUGGUUGGUUAUUGCAAAUUCUUGGAUAUCAUAGGUAAAAAUCUGGACAGAUUGGUUCAGAUAGGAAAAGUCGGUUGAAUAAAAGUCUUCUUGUAGAGUAAGCUGAUCAUGUUCUGCGCCAAUGGAAAGGAGUGAACCAGCGUUAGUUCCAGAAUGGUUGAGAAGCACUGGAAGUGUUACUGGGGGUGGCUCUUCAAGUCCCCACUUUGCAACCUCUUCUUUGCAUUCAGAUGUUACUUUAUCCACACUGUCUUCUCGCAAUAGAUCUCCUAGGAGUGUUAGUGACAAAGAUAGCCCGCGUUCUGUGUUUUUGGAUCGCAGUUCAUCAUCAAAUUCUAGGCGUAGCUCUAGCGGUACUAGUUCGAAGCAUCCGUACAGUAGUUUUAAUAGAAAUCAUCGUGAUAAAAAUCGGGAAAGAGAGAAAGAAAGACCGGGUACUGUUGAUCUAUGGGAUCAUGACACAUCUGAUCCUCUGGGGAACAUCUUAGCUGGUAGAGUUGAUAAGAACAGCUUGAGGCGCUCUCAGUCGCUGGUGUCCAGGAAACCUGGUGAGUUCUUGCCCCGCAGGACUGAGGACUCGAAAGGUGGUAUUAGUAGCACCCAUAGUAGUGGCAAUGGUAUUCAUUCUGGGGGAAGUAGUAGUUUUAACGGUAACCAGAAGGCAGCAUUUGAGAAAGAUUUUCCUUCUCUUGGGAUUGAAGAGAGGCAGGUAACCAGAGUUUCAUCGCCUGGUUUGAGCUCAGCAGUCCAAAGUUUGCCAAUUGGAAACUCGGCUUUGCUUGGUGCUGAUAAAUGGACCUCAGCAUUGGCAGAGGUGCCUCCUAUAAUUGGCAGCAUCGGUAUGGGGAGCUCAGCUUCUCAACAAAGUGUUGCUGUAGCUCCAACACCUAGGGCUUUAAGUGGGACAGCUAGUCUGAACAUGGCUGAAGCAUUGUCGCAAGCACCGCCGCGCGCUCGUUCCACCAUGCAGAUCCCUGAUAAGACACAGAGGCUUGAGGAAUUAGCUAUAAAGCAAUCCAGACAGUUGAUACCUGUGAUACCUUCAAUGCCUAAAGUUUCGGUAUCCAGUUCUGCUGAUAAAUCAAAGCAACCAAAAUCCAUAGCUAGGACAAAUGAGAUGGUUGGAAUAACUAAGAGUAUGCAACAACCUUUUUCCUCUCAACUUGCUAAUCAGGCUCGUAGUGGACAAGUCAGAGCGGAAGCUCCAGCUACCUCUCAUGGCAAAACUCUUCUGGUUUUGAAGUCAGGACGGGAAAAUGGUGUCACCUCUUUGUCAAAAGAAGCAUCAACUCCAGCUAACAACACUGGCAAUAGACUAGCUAAUUGCCCUCCUGCAGUGGCUCCUUCAGCUCCUGCUGUGACCAGUCCAACUUCAAGGGUAACUUCCCUUGAAACCAAGGCUGCUGCAUUGUCACUGAAGCCACGGUCUACUGCAGAGAAGAGAUCUUCUCUGUCUCAAGCCCAAAGCAGGAGUGAUUUUUUCAAUCUAAUGAGGAAGAAGACUUCAAAUUCUUCUACUGCCCUUCCAGACUCUGGUAUGGCUUCAUCUAACAGUAGGGAGCAGUCUUGUCUCAAAACUAAAGAUGAGGAUAGUGCCUCUUUGAGUCCUUGUGUUUCUGAAAAUGGAAGUGAGAGAACCAGCAAUGGAGACCCUCAUGAAGCUCAAAACCAUGUUCAAAGACAUAAUGAUGUUGAGGAGAACAACUCGCCCAUAAAUGGAUCGGUAUAUCCAGAUGAAAAAGAGGCUGCUUUCCUACGUUCUCUUGGUUGGGAUGAAAAUGCCGUGGAAGAGGAAGGCCUGACAGAGGAAGAGAUUAAUGCUUUUUAUCAGGAGUACAUGAAACUGAAGCCAUCCUUGAAGGUUUACAAAGGUGCCCAGCCAAAGUGUUUGAUGCUGCCUGAGUUGCACUUGGCUACUAAUCCUGGAACUGCCUCUUCCAAUUCGACUUCAUCUGAAUCUGAUGCUUGAAUAUAGUGAUUUCUCACCUAUAUGGGGGAUGCAUACAGUUUGGUUUGUCAAGAGAUACAUGUCUUUUUUUUUUUAAUGGUCUCUUUUUGUUUGGAGGAUCUCUGAUGUAUCUGUUCACAAGUGGAGGGUGGCUUUUGGAAUUUUGAAGGUGCAGAGAAGAGAAAUAAGUUAGUCUGCUGCUGUCCUGCUGGCUCAAAAGAAAGCUAAGGUAGCGUUUUAUAAGUAGAAGUUAGGAAAAUGUUAGUCUGCAGUGGAUGAUGCUGGGCAAAUUGCUUCUUUUUGGAAAUUUUUUUUGUGCUUUUCCUUUCCAGUGCUCAUUUGAAAAGGAAAGAGAAGGUUUUAAGUUGUUUUGGUCAAUUUUACGGGGAAGAAGGAAAAUUGCAAAGUUCAUUAUAGAAUUUUCUUUUCAGCCAAAAUCUCAUAAUCGCAUAGCUCAUGUUGAUAUCA